CCGCACUGAUACAAAAUAUGGUGAAGUCAUGGAAGUUGACAAGAAUGAACUGUGAAUUGCGACUCGAGUCUUGCGAAAGAGCUCCCAUGCGUUGGAGGUGAAUCAUCAACAAUAGCAUUUAAAAGCUCACAAGAGUGUUGAGAUGGAUUUACCAGUGGAGGCAACGGUGCGUUUGGACGUUUUCUCCGAUCAGGCACAGGCGAAAGAAAUCCUCCAGUUGCAUGGCUUUGCGUUGAUGUAUCUGAGUAGCGAUCAGGUGAGAGUGAAGGGGUCCUUUUUGAAACUCAAGUCCGUGAAGACCCAUUUGGAGCUGCUUCUUCGCCCACAAACCCAGACUGUGGUCCCUAAAGCUUCCUCUGGAGCCAUUUCCAAACGCCACGCCGGCAACAGCUCAGUGUCAGAUGGUAACAGAGGCCGAGACAAGCCUCCGCGUGCCUCUCCGUCUUCACCCAACGCCUCCUCGUCUUGGGCAUCUUCACCCGACAAACAUCCAUCCUCUCCAGAGCACAAUGCUUCGUUUUCUCCACCACCAGACCAGCGUGGCUCCUUCGGGCCUGAAAGAGAGUCCUUUGUAGUCGAUGUAGAGGUGUUGAUGUACGCAGAGCAGCUCCGGCAAAAGGACAUCAAAGGCAUUCUGGUCAGCCAUGAUGUGAAUAUGGACGUGUGUGACGUCGGUGAAAGCUGUGACAUCACUUUGCAGGGGAAGAGCGCGAGAGUAGCUGCUGGUAAACUGCAGAGCCUCAUGAAUGAACUCAGCAAAUCACUGCGCACACAGGAAGUUCCACUGAAGGACAUGGGUCGGGAAGGCCAUGACCUUUUAAAGAGGAUUAAUAAAGAGAGAAACGUUUCCCAUUCAGUGGUUGUACGGCAGAUGAACGACAAGCUUCUCCUAAUAGGACCGUCCGCUGCCAGCUAUGAGUUAAAGCAGAGGCUGCUAGGGAGGCCGUCGGAGAGAAACCCCAAGAGGAGGAGCAGGAACACCGACAGAGAUAGCGGCACCAUCGCCUCGCAGUCUCCUGUCGUGGCUGCAGGUUACUCGUCGUCGACGUACCAGGGCGAUUAUCUGGAAAAUUCUGCUUGUUUUGUUCAAGGCGGAGCUGUGAGGGAAAGAAGCCGGUCCGAGUCCCGUGAAAACACCCGGGCAGAAGGCGCUAAUAUGCAAAAGAUGAAAAUAAAACGUCCGUCUCCUAAAUCAACAAAGAACUUCUUCAUGCAAUUAGGAAAAAAGUUCAAAUUUUGGAGGAAAUGAAAAAUGAGCAGUAAAGUUCUAUUAAUGAAGGUAGAGAUAGCACUGAACACUCUCUUCUUUGGUCUCAGUUUAUAUUUUUAGUACUAUUUUUUGACCAUGACAUGUAUCUAAAUACCUGUUAUUAGUCUUAUUGAGUAUCAGGUCUGAGUAUGCAGUCACAUGGUUUUGAAUAGUAGUGCCUGAUUGAUACUGGAUCCUUGAGGACAACAGCAAUAGUAAUAUUUGAGCGUCAAAGGAAAAAUUUGACUUUUAGGAAUUAGCAGUUUAUUGCUCUCUUGCCAAGAGUUACAAGAGAAAAUAGACACUACUCAUACGUCUGUACAGUAAAUAUGUAGCUAUUGUCAGCAGCUGGUUAGCUUAGCUUAGCACAAAGACUGGAUCAGGGGGUAACAGCUGGUCUGGCUUUGUCCACACUUUGCCCCGCCAGCACCAUCUAAAGCUUCACCAUGUUAUAUCUUGAGGGCAAGGUUAGCUGUGUUUAUUGGUUUAUUGGUACACAGAUACAGCACCCAUAUACUGUAUCUGUGAUAAACUAAAGUUAGCCGAUGAUAUCAGCCAUGCACAUACAUCGAUUGGGCUGUGAUGUUUAGCGUUGACGCUUUAUAAUCAGCUCUUUUAAAUGAUUAUUGUGUAAAACUUUAAUUGUUCAGUCAGAUUGAUGUUGUUAUGCAGUGCAAUAUACUGAUAUAGACUCUGACAGAUUGUAUUCUUCUGAUAUCAAACUUUUUAUUCUAAUCGAGCAACAAUAACCUGUGCACAACUUUAUUCAACUUAUUCUGUUCUGAUAACAGUCAGUUAUUUUGAGCCUUUGACUGACAUCUCUCGUACAAUUGUUUUUUAUUAUUGUUAGAUACUUACACUGUAAAUGUAAAUUGAAUGGCUAAAAUUUAAUUUACGUAUAUUGGAAAAACUGAAGAAUAAAUAUGGCAAUGAAUUAAACAAAUGGGAAUAGAAAACACUAACGUAAACAAUAAAGU